GCCCGCAUACGCAGAGUUGCAGUUGCGGCGGUUGCGGCGUUUUGUGAUGGCGGGCGUUGUGCAUGGUGGAAGCUGAUGCUAUUACGCGGUAGGCAGUUAUGUUAUUUCGCGACUAGUUCUUUUUCUUUCCAUUGAACACUCAAUAAUUCGACGUAUGAACAUAUACGUUUCGCAAUUGUGGCGAAAUAAAUAAAGCCUAUGCGCUUGUAGCCAUGUGGCCAUACACGAUAGGCGUACGCCGUUAGCGCAACUGUCGUGAUCCUCGUGACAAUAUUCUUAAACAGGCAUCAGGGAGCACCGGAAGUAAUGGAGCCGACAACAAUACGAGAUUUGAAGCCAGGGAUGAAAAACCUCAGUAUUAUAUUCAUCGUCUUGGAAAUAGGGCGACCAAACAUGACCAAAGAAGGCCAUGAAGUUCGGACAUGCAAGGUGGCUGACCGAUCAGGAUCGAUUAAUGUCUCUGUUUGGGAUGAACCGGGCACAUGUAUCCAGCAGGGUGACAUUUGCAAGCUUACCAAGGGAUACGCUUCACUUUGGAAAGGCUGCCUUACUUUGUAUACCGGAAAAGGUGGUGACAUUCAGAAGAUUGGAGAGUUUUGCUUGCCCUUCAGUGAAACACCAUUUAUGAGUGAACCUAACCCGGAAUUCAUGCAGCAGUUGCAGGCCAAAUUGAAUGCCAAUGUGGACCAGCGGCGGUCACCGACUUCGCAGGUGGGCGGGGCCAGUGGCGACUCCUUAGGUACUGCAGCCCUGCCCACACCAGCUCCAGGCAAUGGCCACCCUGGUGGGCUGGGCUUUGCCCCACGAGGAGGAGGAGGAGCACGCCCAGGGAUGCCUUACAGUUCCAUGCGUAUGCCUCUGCCCACCCAAAACAAUGGGUUUGGCAUCAAUGCAGGAGUGCCCAGUGCCAAGGCUCCGAGGCCCAACCGGAGAUUGAGUACUGUGCCAGCGUCGCCGACUUCGGGGCAGCCCAACGGGAGUCCAGCCGACUCUGCUUUGCCCAAGUCUGCCCUGGCUGCUGAAGGGCGCGACUUUCUCCGCCUCUCUGGCCGCUUUCCUUGGGAUGCUCACGCACUGCCGCAUGUUACCGGAGAGACUCUGCUCACUGCUUUAUGCACUGCAUGCAUAUACGUUAUUUUGAACCUCCUUGUAGCCAGUAUCUGUCCCUUCUGGCUGUCGUUCCCGUUUUGAGGUACUACAUGUGCAGUCAGGCUCUUCUAAUCGUGUGCAUACGUCCCUGUGUUGUGUGGCUUUUGACUGUGUGCCCCCCUCUCACAUUAAAGUUACCCCGGAGCUGUUCCUAUUCGCAGUUUCUUGCACCUGAUUGCACCAAGAACGCCUUUUGAUACAUCUUCCGGUGUGUGUCCGAAUGCGCGCAUGUAAAACACUGUCGAACAACAUUGAGACAGGUGCCUGUGGAAACAGUGUCGAUUCAGUGCAUGGAGUUUCUUGCACCAAUUACUAAAGGAAACUCUGGCGCUGGUGUCUACGGGAGCUGUAAGCAGCGCGGAUCAGCUAGCUUGGGAAUGACGUAGUACACGGAUUUGCCUUUGUCCUUCUGGCUUUCAGCGACGUUGCAACUUUUGCAAAUCAAUCAAAUCAGUGAUUUUCAACCAAGUAUUUCCCUGUAAAGGCAGCAAUUCUCAAUUAUUGGAACUUCAGAAAUAGCUUAUUCACUCUACAAGAACGUCUGAAGCCACAAGCACGAUUAGGCUGAUGUCCUAACCUAAUCUAACCCAUCAUUCCCGUGGUAGCUGAGUAGUCGCAGCGCCAAAGUUCCCUCUGAUAAUUUUUGUAGGAAACUCGUUGAGUGUCGCAUGCCAUGUCGUCGACCACACUCGACAGCUGCGUAGCAGACGGCAGGCGCCCGUUUUGCAUGCCAGGUGCAUCUGCCUUUGCUUUCCAGAAAGCCCAUCAGCACACGUGUUCCACUUGAUCGCGAGAUAUUUUAUACAGUACUUUUUUUCAGGAAGACAAUUCAAUGUUACUGUUCAUCUUGCAAGUUUUCCUUCUUUUCCUGCCAGAUGUUAACUAUCGUGUUCCUUGAAUGCAGGUUUUGUGAAGCGUUAUGCUUUUCAUUGUACAUUAAGACCGCGCAGUGAUGUCAUUGUUGUACUGUAAUAAAAUGAUCAUUUCUCGUAA